AUGGAUUGUGGAGCAUCCGCGCCAAUGCCAAUAGGCAAUCUACCCAACGAACGUUCAUCAUUAUUACCAACAUCAUCCACUACAUUAAAUCAACAAUUAGAUUUAAAUCAAAAUCCAAAACGAGAUCGUCGUCGAAUCGUCGUACCUUUAGAUGAACUUGUUCAAAAUUUUCUUCUUGUAUGGUUGGAUGAAAAAUUCGAUGAAUCAGUAGACGAUUAUGGUCAUUCAAUCAAACAGCUACGACGUACCGUUAAUAAGAUUGAAACAUUCUGCGAAACUGAUGAAUGUGUCGAGUAUAUGCUACAAUUUCAAAACCAAAAAAUACUUCUUAUUAUUUCUGGUGCUUUAUGUAACAGUGUUGUGCCACACAUACAUAAUAUGACACAACUGUAUUCAAUUUAUGUGUUCAGUCAAAAGAAAGAAAAGUAUGAAGAAUGGGCAAAAGACUGGUCCAAAGUGAAAGGUAUUUUCACUGAAAUUAUUCCAAUUUGUGAUGCAGUUCGACAAUCUGCUCGACAAUGUGACGAAGAUUCUGUCCCAAUCGGUUCUGAAAUCGAACCCUCAUUCAUGUAUACACAACUUUUCAAAGAAAUUAUUCUCACAAUCGAUUUUGAUAAAACGAAAGAAGUGAAAGAAUUAGUCGAAUAUGCCCGUAAACACCCGGGCUAUGUCGAAAAUAAUGCACAGUUGAAACUUAUCAAUAAAUUCGGUGAAGAGUACGGUGACGAUAAUAUAACCUUUGAAGUUAUUGAUAAACAUGAUAUCAAAGAGAAAACUCUCCCUCCGAAUCAUCCCUCCUUGGCUGCUUCCUACAACAAUAUCGGUAUGGUGUAUGAUGAAAUGGGCGAGUACUUGAAAGCACUUUCAUCGUAUGAACGAUCACUUGAAAUCCAAAAAAUAGCUCUCCCUCCGAAUCAUCCCGACUUGGCUGGUUCCUACAACAACAUCGGUUUGGUGUAUUAUAACAUGGGCGAGUACUUGAAAGCACUUUCAUCGUACGAACGAUCACUUGAAAUCCAAAAAAUAGCUCUUCCUCCGAAUCAUCCCGACUUGGCUACUUCCUACAACAACAUAGGUCUGGUGUAUGAUAAGAUGGGCGAGUACUCGAAAGCACUUUCAUCGUACGAACGAUCACUUGAAAUUCGAAAAAUAGCUCUCCCUCCGAAUCAUCCUGGCUUGGCUCAAUCCUACAACAACAUCGGUAUGGUGCACGAUAAGAUGGGCGAGUACUCGAAAGCACUUUCAUCGUAUGAACGAUCACUUGAAAUCCAAAAAAUAGCUCUCCCUCCGAAUCAUCCCGACUUGGCUUCUUCCUACAACAAUAUCGGUAUGCUGUAUUAUAACAUGGGCGAGUACACGAAAGCACUUUCAUCGCACGAACGAUCACUUGAAAUCAAAAAAAUAGCUCUCCCUCCGAAUCAUCCCUUAUUGGCUUCUUCCUACGGCAACAUCGGUAAUGUGUAUGAUAAAAUGGGCGAGUACUCGAAAGCACUUUCAUCGUAUGAACGAUCACUUGAAAUCAAAAAAAUAGCUCUCCCUCCGAAUCAUCCCGACUUGGCUACUUUCUACAACAACAUCGGUUUGGUGUAUUAUAACAUGGACGAGUACUCGAAAGCACUUUCAUAUUACAAAAAGGCGCAAGGAAUCUUCCAAAAAUCACUACCUCCAAAUCAUCCACAUAUUGCACUUGUGAAAAGAAACAUUGACAAUGUGAAAAAGAAAAAGUAA